AUGGGCAAGCCGGCGAUGAGCGGGGUCAAAAAGAAUAAGAAGAAGGGGUUCAAGCCGUCCCGCGGCAAGACCCCGGGCGGCCGCGUGUACGAGGUGGCGCAGGAGAUCCUCAACGCCCCGGAGGGUGGCGUGGCGGCGGUCAUCGCCGCCGCGCUGAACGACAAGGAGGCGCCCAUACGGCGGGACCCUCGCGCGUUCACUAUGUUCUCCACGAGGUGCCGGAAGAAGGGCGACUGGAGCAAGUGCGUGGAGAUAUUCGACGCCAUGCGGGACCAGGGCGUGGAGACCAACACCAUCGUGUACAACGCCACGAUGAGCGCGUGCUCCAAGGGAGGAGACUGGGAGCGAGCGCUGGAGCUCUUUGAGACCAUGCCCCGGGAGGGUCACGACAGGUCCACCAUCACCUAUAACGUGGCAAUGAGCGCGUGCAUGCGAGGCGGGGACUGGGAGCGCGCCCUCGAGCUCUUCGACCAGAUGGCCGAGGAGGGGCUCGAGAGGGACCACGUCAGCAUCAACACUGCGAUGGCGGCAGCGGAGGCUGGGGGGCAGACGGAGCGACUCAAGGAGCUGACGAGCGGCGCGGGGGCGACGGGGGCUCCCGGGGGCGACAUAGGCGGGCAAAACGAUGACGACGAUGACGAAGACGAAGACAUCGAUCAGGAUGACGAUGACGUCGACGGGCGUGUGGACGGCGGGGGCGCCGCCACAGCAAACGGUUCGUCAAACGCUGUCACAAAGGAGAAAGACGCGGACAACAGAGAUGACGAUCGCAGCGACGGCGAAGAAGGCGAAAAAGAUCCCGAUAUCGAGGAAGAUCCCGUCGUGAGGGAGAGGCGUCUGAAGGCUGAGAGGCGCGAUGCGCGGAAAAGGAAGUUUGAGGAGAAGCGUCGGGCCCGGAAGGCUGCCAAGCUGGCCAGGGGUUGGGUCACCGACAACGGAGAAGUGCCUGAAGAUGGUCCGGGGGCGGGGCGAAAGAAGCCGGCGGCGGCGGGUCCCAUCGUCCCUACCGAAACAGCCAAGAAACGCAAGGAGUGGGGAUCGAAUCCCUUGAAGUGGGUGGACGAGGACGAGGGGUUAAAGAAGAAGGGAGGAGGCGACGACGACAGCGAGUCGGACGACGUUGGCGACGGCUUGCCGCCGAUAACGGGUCCAUCCCUGCUGGACGCCCCGGACGAGGAGGCGGGGACCCUGCUCAACGACCGUGACGAUACCGAUGAUUUCUGGGCCACCGGGUUCUGA